CAUAAAGCAAGAUCUUGGGAGGCGGUGGUCCUUCAUCCUGGAGACGUGCCCUGCCCGGCGCAGCUGAGUUCUCAGCAACGUGACAACUGAGUACCAGCAGCUAAUCUCAGUGAGGACUGGAUCAGGCCUUAAAUGUCUGCCAGCUAGACACUGCUGUGGUAAUGAUAGUGUUAGCCCUUUUUCUUAAGUGAUGUGGAUCCUGGGAGCCUUCAGCUCUCCCUUCUCCUGGCACUGGCCCCAGGGAGGGCUAGCUGGACCUUAGUUCCCAUUUUCUCUGCUUCCGUUGCCAUCUAGGAGAGUUUAUUUUCUCAAACCCAUUUUCUCUAACAUGCAAAUGCUAUCCUGAGCCAAGGACAAACUUUCUAAGAGAGGUAAAACCUUAGUGCUUCUCAUUUGAGAUGGACUUGAUUUCAGUUUAGUUACCUGUGAGAAUUGCUCCACACGACUGCCUGUGAAGGAGAGAGAAUUUUUUCUGUGUCCCUCAAUAGAAAAAGAACUGGAGCUCGCUAGCUCCUGGCUGUCUGUGCAGGACAGUCCAGCUUUGGCAAGGAGAAUUACUUGGAGCUGAGGAGGAGCGGGAUCCAUUUUGAAUCCCACGUGGGGGAUGCCUGUUGAGUGUGUGUUGCUCACAGGAGACUGCACCAGGGCUUACACGAGAAUAUGGAGGGCUUUGGGCAGUAAGCCAAGCCAAGCUGGGUUGUGUGAAAUGCAAAUAGAAAAUAGCAAUUCGCAAUGCCUCAUAACUCAGUCAAACCUGCAAAGGGCUUCACAGGGCCAGGGAAAGGUUAGCCCUUUGACAUCAGCCCUGCCACAUCUCACCUCCUUAGCAAAACCACAGAGCCCUAAAAGCCCUUCAGAGACAUUUGCAGGGAUCUUCGGUGACAGGAAGCAUUAGGUGUAACUUUGCUGAUUGUCAAGGCUCACAUUGCAAGCUUUUAUUUCAUAGAUGUUAAAAUUAGAAGGCAGUGUUGUGAUCCUCUCAUCUGGCCGUAACAGUUUCUCUACUGAGCCUAAUAAUGUGUGUGUCAGUUCUCUUACAUAUUUUAGAAAAGUCUUCACUAAGUGACAGAAACUUAUGUCUCAGUCAGGAGUUGAUUAUGUCUCCUGAAACACCCCUAUUUGUUUCUGGCUUUGUUUGGUACUGCAUAUUCAGCAGUUGACAUAAGUACCAGGUGGGUAUAUCUCUGUUAAAAAGGGAAGUUUUGGUCUGUGGUUGGCUGCGUAUUACUUCUCUGACUUUUCUGGAAAGAAGCUUCUAAUUGUCACUACAGGGUUACUGAAAAGCUGAAGUGAGACCUGUGUACUGCAGUACCAGGUUGGGUUCUUUGGUGUGGGAGGUGUGGGUGGCAACCCUGUGGAAUGUAGAGCAGUGACAUGUUGGCAGCGUGCUGUUGCUGCUGCUGUGCCUUCAGAGCUGAGCUAAUACUUGUAGGCUGCCACCAUGGUGUGUGUCAAAGUUGAAUUAAAUUAGGAUUACCCUACCUAAAAUGUUUGUUUCAUGUAAGAAAUGUUAAUUCUAAAUGCUUAUCUAGAAUAGCACCAAUGUAACUGGCUGAAUUAGCAACCAAAGGGCAAAGCAUGGCAGAAAUGUAAGGCUGUAAAACAAGUCAGCUGAUAGGGAUUGGGAGCAGGCUCUGCCUCCAUUAGGUCAGUUAUAAACCAUCAUCAGCUAUUUUUCUAUUAAAGAAGAGGUCUAAGUUAAUGAAUUGAUGUGUGUGGGAAUUAAUGCUGGAUGAGUCCCCUGUGGCUUUUGUGAUGAGGGUCAAAUAAAAUAUUAAUGAAAUUAAAACAAACAACCCCCUGCUCUUCCUAAGUGCCUUCCGGAUGGGUUUCUCUAAGCAUUGGUCGGGGAAGAUGUGGAGCCCCAGGAGAGACAGGCCGGUGUCAUUAUUCCCUUUUCAUGGGCAGGGAGAUGAGGGUGGUGGAAGACAGUGACCCUGGGGCCUCACAGGCCAGCAGCAGGGUUGCACAGGAGGUCUGCUGUCUGGUGCUUUUGCUCUGAUCUCUCCAAAACCCCUGAGGUUUCAGCUCCUGUCUCAGAGAAAUGGAAGUCCAUCCAGAUUGCUCCUGCGCUGCUCGGCUGGAAGCUGAACUUUCUAAGUCUAAGACAGCCUUUGGUAGUCCCAAAUCUGUAGUCUUCUUAUUCACAAAACUUCUCUGUGCCUCCAGAUCAGAGACCAUAACCCAGUAGAUGUGACUCUUUUCUCCUGAUGCCUUAUCCACAUGACGCAUAUCGCUUGUCUUGUGAAUUGUCCAUUCUAAAGUCUGAGAAUAGGAGCUCAAAUGACAGGCUGGGGAAGGAUAAAGUCUUUUUGGUUACAUCUGUGCAGUGCAGUGCAGUGCAGAAGAUCUCAGGCGUGAUGAAGUCAAGGAAACUUGCUUCAGGAGCAGCAUCCCUGAAUCAUUUCAGUCCAGUUCCCAGGCUAACACAAUCAUGGUGCUUUCAUACUCUAAAGUAGGAACUGUGUGGUAUAACAGGGUGUUAAAUAUAUAUGGUGCUUUUGGACAUGGCACAAAGCUGUAAAUUGGUUCAGAAAUCUUCCCGCUGCUGCAAAAUGUAAGGAUGUGAUGUACUCUGCAUCUCUGGGCAUGAUUCUAUUACACCGAGAAACAUCCAGUGUAUGGAGAAGGAGACCUUGGCAGGCACUCCAGGCUAAACAGAGACAGUUCUGUUUGCAUCAUGCAAAAUCAAAGCCAAAUGCAUUUUCUUGCACCUGUUUGUGUACCUUGGGCAUGGACCAGCCUAAGCAAGACUUCAGCAAAGGCCACUGGGGGCCCACGACACAGGGCUGGCGAAUGACAGCACAUGGCGAGGAUUCAUCAGGAUCUUCUUGUGUGACUGGUGCAAGCCUCCCUUCCAGAAGAACUGCCCAUCUCUGUCUCCUUGGGAACAGCCAAAGGGGGUGCAGAGUGACAAAAAUUUAUGUUUUCAUCUAACCGGACCAAGGAGAAUGGGGGUCCCGCACCCAAAAGAAUGAAGACACGACAGAACAAGGACUCAAUGUCAAUGCGGAGUGGACGGAAGAAAGAGACUCCAGGGCCCCGAGAGGAACUCAGGUCACGGGGUCGAGCUUCCCCCGGGGGCGUCAGCACCUCCAGCAGCGAUGGCAAGGCUGAGAAAUCCCGACAAGCGACAAAGAAGGGCCGAGUGGAGGAAUCCUGCACCCCCAAGGGCAACAAACAGGGCCGAACAGAAGAGAUCUCAGAGAGUGAAGGGGAGGACACUAAUGCUCCCAAAAAAACCAAAACCGAGGAGUUGCCCUGCCCUCCAUCCCCAUCCGAUGUUGACAGCCUUGAUGGCCACAGCUUCAACGAUGAGAUGAGCAGUGACCCACGGGACAUUGACCAGGAUAACAGGAGCACCUCUCCCAGUGUCUACAGCCCCGGGAGUGUGGAGAAUGACUCCGACUCCUCCUCUGUGCUGUCCCAGGGGCCGUCUCACUCCUACCACCACCCUCCGCUCUUCCCCCAGAGCCCACCGGUAGCUCCCCCUCCCGACAGCCUGGCCCGUCCACCAGAGCCCAGCUUUGGGCUCCCAGGCGAGGUGCACCCCCAAGGACCCCCUGCAGGAAGUUACCAUUCACAGCUGGAGGGCCAAGCUUCCCGCAUUUUCCAGGCUCAAGCCCCACAGACACCCGCCUCCUCCUCCUCCUCUGCUGUUGCUGCCCCUUCUGCUCCCCCUUCCUCUUCAUCCUCUUCCUCCUCUUCUUCCUCCUCCUCUUCCCACACUCCCCUUUACCCUUCAACCAAUGUGGUCCAGGUUGGGACCAAAAUUGCCAGUGGAGUGGGGGGGCUCCCAGCACCAGGGGGUCGCGAGCAGACCCUCAGCGCCAAGCACAAUCCACCACCCACCACCCCAAUCUCGCUGGCGUCAGUAGGAGGGGGGCUCCCCCCUCAAAAGACGCCCCCAGCCAACCCUCCAGCUGCCCCCCCAGCUUCAGCCCCUUCCUUCCCUCACGUCUCUGCCAACCUGCCUCCCCCCCCAGCCCUGCGCCCCCUCAACAACACAGUGGCUGCCUCCAGCUCUCCGGGGAUGGUGGGUCAGGGCCUGAGCGGCCACCUCCCCUCGCCCCACGGCAUGGGGCAGGACAAGGCACCAGCCCUGGCCCCCUCCCGCUACCCCUAUGCCCCACCACCUCUACCACCCUCCAGCUCCUCAGCUCAGUACCCCCAGCCCUCCCCGGGCCAGCCCCUGCCCAGUUACAGCGCUUCCUACGGGCACUCCUUUCCCCCACCCAGUGGCCUCUCUGUCUCCAGCCAGCCCCCCAAGUACACCCAGCCCUCCCUGCCUUCGCAGCCCGUCUGGAGCCAGGGGCCACCCCCUUACAGCCGGCCCUUGGGCAAUGCUGGCUCCCACCCUGCUGCCCCCUUCCCCGGCCAGUCCCCCCAUCACCAGCAGCCGCCCCAGCAGCACCACCACAGCCAUGGGAGCAGCGGGGGUGUCUCCCCAGCAGCUGCAGCUCCUCCCCAGCCCCCUGGCUACCCCCAUGGCCUGGAGUCUAACAGCCAUCACCCUUCCCAUCCCACCUACGGGCUGCGCCUCUACCCUCCCCACAGCCAGGCUGCCUACAGCCAGGCUCCCUCGGCCACCGCGGCCACAGCCCCCUCUUCCUCCUCCUCAUCCUCUUCUUCUUCCUCAUCCUCCUCUGCCGCCUCUUCCCAAGGAAGCUACCCCAGCAUGUGCUCUCACCCCCCGGGACAGAAUCCUGCCACCUACACUUUCCCCCCUCCACCCCCCCCCUCCCCUGCCCAUGGUGCUGGCCCUCCGGUCACCUCUGCUGCCACCACCCUCUCCACUGUAAUCGCCACCAUGGCCUCCCCCUCUGCAGCCCCCUACAAGACAGUCUCACCUCCGGUACCCCCUUCAGCUGUGGCCCCAUAUGGGAAGCGUGCGGCCUCCCCUGUCCCCACCUUCCAGCCCCCAGCCCCCUACAAGCCAGGCUCACCCCCCACUUCCUCAGCUGCCCCUUUCCGGGCAGCCACCCCUCCUGGCUACCGGGUGGCCUCCUCCCCUGUGACGGGCGGCUACAAAGCCCCUUCACCCGCCCCUUCUGCCCCACCACCCUUGCCGGGGAGCAUGACUGCCCCAGCCCCCCCACCGCCCCCACUCCCCCUCAGUGCUGCGCAGAUCAAGCAGGAGCCAUCAGAGGAGUACGAGCCCCCUGAGAGCCCUGUGCCUCCUGCUCGCAGCCCCUCGCCGCCCCCCAAGGUGGUGGAUGUGCCAAGCCAUGCCAGCCAGUCAGCCAGAUUCAACAAACACCUGGACCGUGGCUUCAACUCCUGCUCCCGCACUGACCUGUACUUCGUGCCCCUUGAUGGCUCCAAGCUGGCCAAGAAAAGGGCAGACUUGGUGGAGAAAGUGCGGCGAGAGGCUGAGCAGAAGGCGCGUGAAGAGAAGGAGCGGGAACGGGAGCGGGAGCGGGAGAAGGAGCGAGAGCGGGAGAAGGAACGAGAGCUGGAGAGGAGUGUGAAGAUGGCCCAGGAGGGCCGUCCAGUCGAGUGCUCGUCCCUUGGGCCAGUUCCCCACCGCCCCUCCUUCGAGCAGGGCAGUGCUGUAGCCACUGUUCCCCCAUACCUGGGCCCUGACACCCCGGCUCUGCGCACCUUGAGUGAAUACGCACGGCCCCAUGUCAUGUCCCCCAGCAACCGCAACCACCCCUUCUACGUGCCGCUGGGGGCAGUCGACCCGGGCUUGCUGGGGUACAACGUGCCAGCCAUCUACAGCAGCGAUCCAGCGACGCGGGAGCGGGAGCUGAGGGAACGGGAAGCCCGCGAACGAGACCUGAGGGACCGGGACCUGCGUGAACGUCUCAAGCCCGGCUUUGAAGUCAAACCAGCUGAGUUGGAGCAGCUCCAUGCUGUGCCGGCUGCUGCCAUGGAUCCGUUCCCACGCCAUGGCGGGCUGAGUCUGCAAACAGCCCCUGGCCUUCAUCCCGCUUUUCCCUUCCACCCAGGGCUGGGCCACUUGGAGCGGGAGAGGCUGGCGCUGGCAGCUGGCCCCACUCUUCGUCCCGACAUGUCCUAUGCUGAGCGCUUGGCGGCUGAACGCCAGCACGCCGAGCGAGUGGCUGCUCUCAGCAAUGACCCUCUGGCCCGGCUGCAGAUGCUCAAUGUGACACCUCAUCAUCAUCAGCAUUCCCACAUCCACUCCCACCUCCAUCUCCACCAGCAGGAUGCCAUACACGCGGCCUCAGCCUCUGUUCACCCUCUUAUUGACCCACUUGCCUCGGGAUCACACCUCACCCGGAUACCAUACCCAGCUGGAACCAUCCCCAACCCUCUCCUGCCUCACCCUCUUCAUGAGAAUGAAGUGCUUCGCCACCAGCUUUUUGCUGCACCCUACAGGGACCUGCCGGGCUCUCUCUCCGCGCCCAUGUCAGCAGCACACCAGCUGCAGGCCAUGCACGCGCAGUCGGCUGAGCUGCAGCGCCUGGCCCUGGAGCAGCAGCAGUGGCUUCACGCCCAUCACCCCCUGCACGGCGUGCCACUCCCGACGCAGGAGGAUUACUACAGCCACCUGAAGAAGGAAAGUGACAAACCCCUUUAAAUGGACUUCUGCUGUCAACAUGACAUCAUCAUGUCUUUCUCUUAAGAGGAACAAUCAAUCAACCGAAUCCUGAUGAAGGGGAAGCUGCAAAGUGACACAUCCUGAUCCCACCAUGCAGUAAGAGUACAAGAGAAGACGGACGAAAAGUACAGGGUGGCAUCCUGGGAACAGAAAGUGGAGGAGAGAAAAUGGGGAGGGACUGAAACACCACUAACGGACAUGAAACAAUCGGUACGUGAUUUCAGCUGAGCUCUGAAGAAAAGAGAAUCAGCAUUGCACAGAGCUCAGAAAGACAAAAACUGACAUGAAUUCAGGGUGGCAGCAGCUCCAUCCUUUAUUUUGGGGUAACACUUGCAUUAAAUAAAAAGUGCAGAGCAUUGCAGGACUUCAUGUACAGGAUGGUGCUGCCUUUUCUACUUCUGUGAGGAGGAGGUGCAGCCAAGAAGUAACUCCAAACCCAACAGAGCCUUUUUUCAAGAUGCCUCCUCAACACCCCACCCCCCUUUAAGUGUAAGAUACUGCUUAGCGAUACAGAAGAGCAACGUGGAACUUUUUCAGAUUAGCCAGAGCAGCUUCCCAUUCUCCGACAUCCCUUCAGAUGCAAACAAAGUGUUACAGGACCCCUUCCUAAGUGGCCACUCCUGCCUACGGAGGGUCUGGGGUCUGGUCCCAGCCAUCGGGGUGCAAAGCACCGCAAGACUGUUUGCUGGAUAGUGGCUGUGCUUUCCUGUGGCUGAUGGGAAUGGGCACGGCCACGAGGUGCAAAGCACCAGGAGACUGUUUUCAAGACUGCGAUCACCACUGCAACCCCUCUGAGCCCCACGGGGAGAGAUGAUGUGGCUGAGCAGUGACACUGAGUCCUGGGACUGUAAGAGGGCGGCUGCUCCUUUCCCCUCACCCAUCCUAAUUGAUGUACUUUAACUCAUGCACAUCCUAUUAGACGUGGCAGUUUUAUGUAGCAACUUGUGACUCCCUUGCCCCUGCGUGCGUGUUCUGAUUUCACAGUUGUAUCUCUCGAUUGGUCCCCCAUAUAUAUAUAUAUAUAUUUACUUAACCAUUAAAAGGAAAAACAACCAACAACACAGCUAUGGAAAAAAAAAGCAAAGCCAAACACCCAAACUACGUUCCCCUUGCACUCCCGCGCACCGACACACAUUCUAAUAAUUUAUAUAUAUAAAUAUAUAUAUGAAGCUCUUACAAAA